CAGGCGAGCCGGGUCGUUAUCCCCCUGCCCGCGCCUGCCAUGGAGUUCGAGUCUGCACACAACGCCGUCCACUUUGACUCGCCGUACACUGCCUAUUCAGACUCGUCCUCGGCGCCCCGCACCCCGUCCCCGCACUCCGGCCACCCGGAGGACAUCAUGGCGUCCCCGCCGACCUACAAGUCCUCCUUCGACCUCGACCCGCUCCGCAACAUCCUGCACGAGCAGCAGCACAUGGACGACGCCGUCCACCCCGUCUGGCACAUCCAGGGCGGCCCGCUCGGCUUCCAGCCCCCGCCACAGCAGCCCCGCGCCUCGCUGCUCUCGGAGCUCUACGACCACGACCUCCCCCAGGACGCGUCGCUCCCCGGCACGCCGCACUCGGACAUGUACGGCAGCCCCGCCGAGCCCAGCUACGGCCCGCUCCCCGGCGACUACCACCCGCACAUGCACGCGUCCCCCCACCACCCGCUCCAGCGGCACCCGCACGACGUCGGCAUGAUCCGCCGCGCCACCUUCCCCUACGUCCGCCAGGACCACGCCUCCCCGACGCUCUUCGGCCCCGACGGCGCCCUCGGCCCGUACCAGAGCCGCGCGGACGCGCUCUACGGCGAGCCCCUCCCCAUCUCCGCCGAGCCCCCCGUCCUCCAGCGCCACCAGGUCUACCAGCACUCCCCGCACGCCUCCUACCACGAAUUCCCCCCGCCCGACGACUCCAUCAAGCUCGAAGAGCCCGCCCACGUCAUCGUCCCCUCCCAGCAGUACUACCACCGCAUCCCCCACAUGGCCCAGCACCCCCACCAGCACUCGUAUCCAUACCCGCCCCAGCUCCCCGUCCAGCACACCGACGACGCCGCCUCCAAAGAGACACAGUUCCUCCGCCGCCGCUGCAACAACUGCCACACCACAGAGCCCCCCUCCUGGCGCCGCUCCACCCUCAACCCGGGCAAGAUCGUCUGCAACAAGUGCGGGCUCUACGAGCGCACCCACCUGCGCCCGCGCCCCCUGCGUUUCGACGAGCUCCGCGCCGGCGGCAAGGGCCGCAAGGCCAGCGGCGCCAUGGCCGGCGUGCAGCGCAAGCCGAGCCCAAAGGUGAAGAAGGAGGCCGCCGCGGGCGCACCAGCCACCGGCGGCGGGGCCAUCUCCCGCCGCGGGAGCGUGAGCAGCACCGCGAGCUCGGUGCACUCUGGCAGCGGAGUCAGCGACUGGGAUGAUAACGUGUCCGUCUACUCGACCGGCUCGAACCCGCCCUCGUCGUACCCCUCGCCCGCCGCGCAGACGUACCCGAUGCGCGACUCUGCCAGCGCGUCGCCGCCGUCCUCGGCCGCGGGCAUCCGCCUCCCGCCCGCGCCGAUGAGCGACCUGCACGCGCACUCGCCGCUGCAGCACGCCGUCGCGCUCGGCGGGUCGCCGCAGCCCGCGGGCGCGGAGCUGCGCCCGAAGAGCCAGACGAGCCCCGCGUACGAGUACGAGCGCGCGGGCGACGCGUUCCUGCGCCGCGGGUCGCUGCCCGUGCCGCUUUCCGGCCACGCCGCGUACGGGCGCGAGACGGGGUGGGUGCCCGUCGCACCCGCGCCGCCGCCGGGCGAGGAGGCGGAGCGGCAGAGCCCCGAGGCGAUGGCUGCAAAAACGGAACAUCACUGUAUCGACUACAACCAUUGGAUACCUCCCGCCGCCCCCGCUGGCUUUACGCUUUCUUGUAUCUUAUUGCCUUGCCCUUGCCCUCCGCCCGCCCUCCUUGCAGCAAAACCCGUCCCGCGCGUGUCUUAUCAAUUGUUUAUUAUCUUUGCAUUUUCCGCGGACGUAUACCUCGUGGCGCUCUCCUCCCCGUUGUUGGCUUAACGUUAUUUAUCUCGCGACUCUACUGCAGUGCUCGGUGUUCAUACAUUCGCAUCAUCUCAUCUCGUAUCGUAUCGGCGGUAAAGGUCGUUGUUAUUAUCUAUUGGUCGGGCUCUGUCUCUCUGUCUGCUCCUUUGUACUAGUAUCUUACUUGCAGCAUUUUCGGCGUAGUACCCGGUGUUUUGAUAGACAGACGUACGCGUAGUGGUGUAGAUGGAACGAAAUGGAA